AUGACUCAUAUCAAGCUCCGUCACAAGAGUGUGGACGGGCUUCUGAAAUGGUUAGAAGAACAUCGUUUACCCCAUUUCUUCCAGACGGACCUGUACCUUCACUUUGUCCUUUGUGAAUUGCUGCUGGGCAUAACUGGGUCCGAGAUACCAGAAUCCCAACUUACUCCAAAGGAGUCAUCAGGCUACAUAUUGAAACCGCAGUCCUCUGAGGAUAGUCAUAGCUCUGGGAGUGCAGGCAGUGGGACAGACGUCACUGAAACUGCGCUGGGCCAACAAGUACAGUCCAAGGCCAAGGCACAAAAGCUGGCCUUGCCUGACGAGUGGUUGCUGAGGAGAUGCCUCGGGAGUGUUCAGGGAAUGAAACGUUUCCGAUCGUUUCUCAUGGGAACACACGGUGAGGAGUUGGUGGAGUUUUGGGUGAGGAUGGAGAGGAUGCUAAAACUGGAUGAAAGCAAUGACGAUCAGAGAGAUCAGUACUUUGCUCAGCUCCGAGUGAUACAGGCCAUUCAUCUACAAGACAGCUCUGUCGUGAUGGCCACCUGCAGUGAUUUUAUCGAUGUCCCAUCGUUGACGUUGGAGAAGCCCUAUCGAGCCCGGAGGGAUUUUAUGAUCAAACUGCACGACCGGGUCCUGGAGAAACUGAAGACAUACUGGCUGCCUCGCUUCCUCAUACACUGCAAGCGUAGCCUGAGGAGACUGAAGGAAAGUGCCCCGAUCCUCCGGGAAUACAGAGCGAGGUUCUCUCAAGGGCAGGUUACAAAGGCCCCUGCCAACCUGCAAAUGAGCAUCAAAAAAACGGAAGGUGUCGUGCAGCCGUACUUCACCAAGGCGAAUAAACGCCUCCUCUGGGGCCUGCCCUACUGUACAGGCAAGCACCCACUAAACACCGAGGUGGCACCUCAGCCUUCAGGGAGCCUGAAAGCCGAGGGAGAGCAGGAAUGUCAUCAGGGUCAGCUGAAGGCCAGGAGCGCCCCGAAGCCCCCUGUGCCCCGCCUCCCCCAGCCCUCCACAUUGGGGUGCCUUUCCCCGGCUGUGGGGUGGGCCUGUUGUUCUCCAGCAGCCAAAGACAGGUGGAUAGCUGAUUCAGCCCACAUCCCCGAUGAGUGUGUCUUCCCGCAGCAGGACUCCACCAUCCCCCUCAUCAAGGCGCCCUCGAUGCUAACGUGCUGGAAAUUCUCUGAGAUGCCCCAGCAAUCUCAGUAUCUCCACUGGGCCUUCAAUGCCGAUCAGUUGGCGGGAGAACCGUUUGCAGCCUUCCUGAGGGAAAAUCGUAACCUCUCCAAACUCAACUACCUGCACUUGUGGCACGAAAUGAACAACUUCUUCAAAGUUGUGCUGAGCAUGAAGGACAGGGCUGGCUAUUUCCUCAGGACGAUCCUAGCCGAGAAGAUCAUCGAGGUGUACCUGAAGGAGGGCAGCAAGCAAUACGUCAAGCUCCAGGCAGAAACUGCCAAGAAUCUCAAGCUUGUUCUCCCCUCGGGUAAUGUUCUGCUGUGGAUAUUCACCGCACAGGGAGAGAUUUGUGAGAUACUCCGAGAGACGUACGAUGAGUUUCUGGAUAAGGAGGAUCAAGAAUUUCUAAAUUUUGUGGCUGGAGCCAAACCCAAUGAUCCAAACAGCUGGACACAGUGCAAGACACAGCCGCCGUCUGAGACACAGACUGACGACCUCCACAUUAGACGAAUGGCACGCUCUUUGCUCCUGGCUCAGGCAUGUUCUGCCAUCGGGGAUACGGAGACCCUGACUGAGGAAGACUGGAAGCUGCUGGCUCAAGAGGACACUGCCAACCUGGGCUCCAUGCAGAUAUUCAUAGCGCAAGUGGCAAAAGAUGUUGAUGUCAAGGACAUGACCUUUGAGGAGCUAGUGAUGAAAUUUCCAAAACUGGCAAUCGAGGAGCUCAGCAAGUAUUUCCUGCAAUACUACAAGAAACUAGUCCUCUUGGGUCUGCUGAACAGGGAGGCCAUGCAAGACAAACUGUGGUCAAAGUUGAACCUGAAAUACAUAAAACACGGGAAUCAAAUCAUAACCAGACCCAAAGUAAUUCCCAAGAACCUGAUGGAUGUCCUGAUGAAUCCUUUGGUCGUUCUCUUCUUCCUGAGGUUUCUGGAAGCUUAUGAUGCAGACGCACCUCUGCGGUUCUGGCUGACAGUGGAGAAUCUCCACAACCUGCCGACUGAGAAACAGAGGCAGCGCGCCAUCAAAUGGAUCCUCAGCAACUUCUUCAAUCCGAAUGUCAACACAGAGGAAUUAUUUGAUUGUCACUCACCGAUUAUCAAGCAGAUUAUGGAAGCAGUUGCUAAUGGCACCCCAGUAUCUAUGAACACUCUCUUAUUUGCUCAGUCAGAAGUUCAAAACUGCUUGGAGCAGAACUGGUUUCACUUGUAUCUGAAAACUUACCCAAAGGAGCCUGUUGUCCGAUCAGCUUCUGUGCAAGCCCUGAGAUCGAUCCAGAUCUUGAGACGGAUGAACCGCUCAUGGCGGGAGCUGGAGGCACUGAUUAAAUCGGUGCUGUUCUUCCGACGGAUGAUGUGGAAACCUCAUCUCCGCCUUCUCUUCAUCAACUUCCUGAGGGAUGAAGUCUAUAAUAAUGAACAGAACAUGAGCACAUCUCGUGUUGUGACAAGGCUUCCCUCUCUGGGCAGCUCACUCAUGCUCCGGGGACUUGAUUAUGGAGAGGAUUCCGACAUGUCCCAUUUGAGAAGGCGAAUGAUGUUCAACCGAUCGGUCAUCAUGAACUACCUGGUCAAUGAUCUGUACUUCUGCAUGGAAAUCGAGCUGUAUGUGAGACGGGCAGAAGCUGCCGCCCUGAUGGCUCGAAUUGGAUUACAUGAUGAGAUUUAUGAAAAGUUGCUUCGGGCCAAAGUGGAAAUGAUCAUCAAACUUUUCCUGCAGGCGGAUACAGCACCCAGACUCAGGGUUAGCACUGACACCUUCCUUCGUGUUGAUGUUCUAGUCUAUGGAAUCUAUAGAACUUUACCCCAGUGA